CUCUCUAUAAAUAUCCACUCUCAACCAUUAAAACCUUCAAAUCUUCAUUAUUUUUCUUCUGCUUACAAACAGCCAUGAAAACCCAUCUUUUUUCUCUAGCUUUCUUCUUCUUUGCCCUAGUCCAUGGCAUGCACUUAGACCCAAAAUGUAGCAUCCAAGACCAAAGCUCAAACCUUAAAGUUUACCAUAUUUACAGUCCCUGCUCUCCUUUUAGGCCUGCAAAGCCACUCUCGUGGGAAGAGAGUGUGCUACAAAUGCAGGCCAAGGACCAAGCUAGGCUUCAGUUUCUGUCGAGUUUGGUGGCCGGGAAAUCUUUUGUGCCGAUUGCUUCCGGCAGACAGAUUAUUCAGAGCCCUACUUAUAUUGUUAGAGCUAAGAUUGGAACUCCGGCGCAGACUAUGCUGAUGGCGGUGGAUACUAGUAAUGACGCUGCUUGGAUUCCGUGCACCGCCUGUGUGGGGUGUUCUUCGACUGUUUUUAAUAAUGUUAAAUCUACUACUUUUAAAUCUGUUGGCUGUGGCGCUCCUCAGUGCAAGCAGGUACCCAACCCCACAUGCGGUGGAAGCGCGUGCGCAUUCAAUUUAACCUACGGCGGCUCCUCCAUAGCAGCCAACCUUUCACAGGACACAGUGACUCUAGCCACUGACCCAAUCCCAAACUACACAUUCGGCUGCAUAACCAAGACCACAGGCAGUUCAGCUCCACCACAAGGGCUGCUUGGUCUAGGCAGAGGACCCUUGUCUCUAUUAUCCCAAACCCAAAAUUUAUACCAAUCUACAUUUUCUUACUGUUUGCCUAGUUUUAAGUCCCUCAACUUUUCUGGGACAUUAAGGCUCGGACCUACUGGUCAGCCUAAGAGGAUUAAGACUACACCAUUGCUUAAGAACCCUAGAAGAUCUUCACUUUAUUAUGUUAAUUUGGUUGCUAUUAGAGUUGGACGAAGGGUUGUUGAUAUUCCUCCUGCUGCUCUCGCAUUUAAUCCGGCUACUGGUGCUGGCACCAUCUUUGAUUCUGGAACUGUAUUCACCAGACUGGCGAUUCCGGCCUACACGGCGGUCCGUGACGCAUUCCGUAAAAGAGUUGGCAAUUUUACAGUGACAACCCUCGGCGGAUUCGACACUUGUUACACAGUACCAAUUGUUUCCCCCACCAUAACAUUCAUGUUUUCCGGCAUGAACGUGACAUUACCGCCGGACAACUUACUGAUCCACAGCACUGCCGGCGGCAUCACAUGUUUGGCCAUGGCUGCUGCUCCGGACAAUGUGAAUUCGGUGCUGAAUGUGAUAGCAAAUAUGCAACAACAAAACCAUAGGAUACUGUUUGAUGUGCCGAACUCAAGAAUUGGUGUGGCCCGUGAGCCAUGCACAUGAUUUUUGUUGAUUUAUGGCAAGUAUUUGUUGAAUUUGGUCAUGCUAGCUUGUGACUGAGUGUACCUUAUUUUUAUAUUAUUAGAUGUGUCUUGUGAUGUUAUGGUUUUGUCGGAUUUGUGAUUUAUGGCAUAAUUUGGCUCUAUUAGAGAGCUUACUAAAUGUUAAAAAAGAAAAAUUGUAUCAUUACUGCUUGAAUUUUUCUAAAUCUACUUUCUAUGCUCUAA